GUACUUGUAGCAAACCACAACAAAUUCAACCCAUCAGACUCCUCCACCUACCAGGCCACCAGCCAGAGCCUCUCCAUCCAGUAUGGCACCGGCAGCAUGACCGGAAUCCUGGCCUAUGACACCGUCCAGUUGGAGGACACCAAACAGAUCUUUGGUCUGAGUGAAACCGAGCCUGGCUCCACCUUCUACUACGCCCCCUUUGACGGGAUCCUGGGUCUGGCCUUCCCCAGUAUCGCCUCUUCUGGAGCCACCCCCGUAUUUGACAACAUGUUGAAUGGGGGUUUGGUGUCCCAGGACCUCUUCUCCGUCUACCUGAGCUCCAAUGGCCAGACUGGGAGCUUUGUGAUGUUCGGCGGCAUCGACUCAUCUUACUACUCUGGGAGCCUCAACUGGAUCCCUCUCUCCUCUGAGACUUACUGGCAAAUCACCAUGGACAGCGUCACCAUGAACGGAGAGACCAUCGCUUGCUCUGGUGGCUGCCAGGCUAUCAUUGACACUGGCACGUCUCUGCUGGCUGGGCCUCCUACUGGCAUCUCCAACAUCGAGUCCUACAUCGGCGCCAGCGAUGGCACGAUCAGCUGCAGUGCCAUGAGCAGCCUGCCCAACAUCGUCUUCACCAUCAACGGCAUCGAGUUCCCUGUGCCCCCCAGUGCCUACAUCAUUGAUGAGUCAGGCUCUUGUACCUCCGGCUUUGAAAGCAUUGACGUCCCCACCUCCUCUGGAGAGCUCUGGAUCCUCGGAGACGUCUUCAUCCGCCAGUACUACGUUGUCUUUGACAGGGACAACAACAGGGGUCAGAGGAUGCUCAUUGGUCUAAUGAUUUACACCCACUCACUGGCUGUGCCCAUCCUGCUGUCUUUCACCCUGGAGCUGGCUGGGGGUUGCCCGGUUGCCCAGCGCUUGGUGCUGUACAAGGCCAUGCCAGAGUCUCUGCUCUGA